AUGAUGGACGACGACGACGAGCCGCAGGAGCCCACGAACCGGGAAUGGGCGCUCCAGCAGCUGGCCGGCGCCGCCGGCUGGGAGUGCGGCAAGCUGGCCCGCGACGACGAGCUCGGCAGCCUGUUCGUCUUCCACGACGGCCUGGCCACGACGGCGGCCCUGAAGCGCAAGGAGGAGAUCCUGGGCAUGCUGCGCUGGAAGUACGCGACGGACCCCUUCUUCUCCAUCUCGUCGAAGCUGCGGCUGCGCCUCGCCGGCGACGGCGCCUGCCAGGUCGUCUGCGUCGAGGCCGCGGGCGGCGGCGCGCCCGAGCUCUUGUGCUCGACGCGGCCCGUCGACGCGCCCAUGGAGACGUCGCUGCCGAAGAAGCAGGGCGGCCACGUCUUCGACGCGGCGAAGCUCGGCGACAUCGUCUUCGACAUCGUCAAGGACGAGGGCGUCGUCGUCGUCGACGUGGAACUCCUCUUCCCCGUCGCGUCCGACGAGCCCGGCUGCCGCGCGCAGCUCCGGAGCUACCUCGGCAUCCUGCGCGCGCUCUGCGACGGCCACGACCACCCCGAGCAGUACUACUUCAAGACCUGGCCGAAGCCGAGCCACGGCGAGGCGUCGUCCGCCGUGUCCUGGGCCGCCGACGACGUGGCGCGGCUCCGGGGCACGUCCGCGCACCGCCUGGUGUCGUGCGGCCGGCGCCAGCUCGACGCCGUCGCGGCCAUCGUCGAGCGCGUGAUCAAGCGCCACUACGGCGCGCCCCUGGACCUGUCGAAGACCCAGUGCGACACCGUCGCGGAGCUAUUUAGCUACGUCGUGUUGACGUUCGAAUCGCGCGCGUUCUCCGAGGCGUUCGACGACGAGAUCGCCGAGCCCGGGCGGCUCUCGAAAGCGGCGGAGCAGGCGGCCGCGGAGGAGCGGCGCCUCGCGUCCAUGCCCGACACGCCCGACGGCCUGCCGCCGGAGGCCGUCGACGUCUGGCAGAUGCUCGCGGGCGUCGGCAAGGCGCCCGAGCCGAAGCGCCGCGGCCGGGUCUGCGUGCCCUUGGUCGACCUCUUCGACGGCGCGCCGACGGGCAAGCACAACGCGUCGACGCAGCGGAACACGCUCGACGGCGAGACCGUGAUCACCAUGACGACCUGCGCGAAGAUCUCCGCCAAGGGCGACGUGCUCAACGCCUACGGGCCCAACGGCGCCGCGACGAUGCUCUUCAAAUACGGCUUCGCGCCCUGGGGCAACGGCAAGCACGACGGCGGGCCGAGCUUCGACGCGACCUUCAUCUGCCCGUCGCCCGCGGUCUACAACGGCCUCGACCACCUCCAGCAGUACGGCCUCGAGCUCAAGGGCUACACGCGCGCGCGCAUCUGCGACGACGGCUGGCGGCUGGGCGACCCCCAGAUUGAUGACACGCCGCCCAUGUUCGAGAAAUUCGCGACGCUCGUCCUCGCCUCCGAGAACCCGGAGAUCUUCGACCUCGAGGACGAGCUCCCGAAGCACACGGUCGGCGCGUCCAUGCUGCGGCUGUUGCGGGACCAGCUCCGGCUCUACGCGACGACGGCGAAGCAGGACGCGGAGCUGCUCCACGUCGACGGCCUGCCCGCGCCGCAGCGCGUCGCCGCGUCCGCGCGGCUCCUCGAGCGCAACGUGCUCCUGCGCUGGGCGCGGCGCAUCCACGAGAAGUACGACUGCGACGACGACGAGCUCGACGACUUCGACCGCGCCGCGGGGCCCUUCUCCCUGCCCUGCCAGCACUGCGGCUGGUGCCUGCGCACCGUCCUCUGCUCCCGCUGCAAGGCCGCGCCCUUCUGCAGCAACGCGUGCCUCAAGGCCCACUGGCCCGUCCACAAGGCCGUCUGCAAGAAGGCGAGUAAGAAGUAG